UGUACUGCCCACGAAAAAGCAGAAUCUUACGCCGCCGUUCAUGACGCGCCGCGCGCAAUCCAUGUCAAUGUGGGGAGCUGUUUGUUUUUGAUUUUUCGGCAGGCUCCUACCGCAAGUCCGCUAAUUAUCAUCGAGAACACGGCUGCAGCGAUAGAAAUCAUCAUGUCGCGGUGCCCACCAUUAGAGGCAUUAGUAAUUCGGUGACUGUGACCAAGUGUGCAUCAUUUAUCCCCCUGCCUCUGGUGCGGAGCAGCAUGAUCCUCGUGGCGAAGUUAACGCUGGGACUGUCGUUGUUGUUGUGGUUCUGGUGCGGAAGUUCGGUCCUAGGAUAUGGAUUGCUGCGGAAUGAGUGCGUGUGUGACCCGCUGAAUGCUUUCCUCGAUUCGUUGCCGCUAAAUCGUGAACGAACGGAUCAAUUGCUGGAGAUCGAUGGCUAUCAAGGCAGAUCAUACAGAGUUGUCACGCGUGAUGGAUACAUUCUGAAAUUGUAUCAAAUUUGGCGUGAUCAACCACCGGCGGUGAACUCAUCUCGCGGUGCUAUUCUGCUGCAACAUGGGAUCAUGCAUUCUUCAGCGGAUUGGUUAGUGCUGGGCCCGACCAGAUCGAUCGCCUACCAAUUGGUAGACCUCGGUUACGACGUGUGGCUCGGAAACAGUAGAUCUUCGCUGAACUCGCAUCAGCACGAAAAGUUGUGCACCUGCUCCAAGGAAUUCUGGGACUACAGCUGGCACGAAAUAGGGUUCUAUGACUUGCCUGCGAUGGUUGAUACGGUUCUGGCAAGGACAAAGCAACCCAAAAUUCGACUGUUGGUUUACUCGGAAGCCGGAGCCGUUGCAAUGGUUAUGCUCUCAACCAGACCCGAAUACAACGACAAACUGAUCGCGCUGGAUGCCUUGGCUCCGGGAGCGUAUGUCUCCAAUACGUGGUACCGCUUUUUGGCCCUACCGUUCGCCAAAAUACCGAAAGUUAUCCAAUCGGCAUAUGCAAUCUACUCGACCAACGAAGUCACGGUAGAGGCCUGCGAGAAAGAACGAAAAAUCUGCACCGAUCUGUACUACCAGUUCCUGAACGGGGAGAGCGUCGGCAUGAACCGCAGCUGGGUGGACCGAAUCUACCAGGCCAUGCCUGCGGGUGGUUCCAUCAAGGAGGUCCUGCACUACGUCCAGCUCAUCUGGACCCGCAAGUUUGCAGCGUUCGAUUACGGAACGGGCAAGAACCUUCGGCUGUACGGCCGGAAGACACCGCCCGAGUACCCGCUGGAUCGCGUCUCGAUACCGGUGAACAUCCACUACGGGCUGCGGGACAAAAUCGUUGAUCCGGUGGGGGUGAUGCGACUGGGGUCCCGCUUGAUCAACAGUCCGCGGGUGAGGAUGCGGCCGUACGAGGAGCUGCAGCAUUCGGAUUUUAUAUAUGGGGACGCUGCUUACGAGAUCGUGUACAAAGAUGUGUUGAGGUGGAUUACGGAAUAAAUUGGAUGUGAUAUGGAACGGAA